AUGUCCCAAAGCUUUGGGACCAUGCUUUUGAUCUACGGCGCCUUCCUUGCCAUAUGUGGCACGGCCGGGGCAGCCCUGCACAGCUGGGAGAAGAAGGCGAUGCACUCCAUGUACGCAGGCCUCGGCGGUUUUGUCUCGAUGGCUGUGUGCGGCGUCCUUGCUGCCACCGAGGCGAAGGUGCCGGUAGCCAUCGGAGUCCAUUUGGCAUUGGUGCUGAUGCUAGUGUUCAUUGCAGUGUUCACCAUCCAGGCUGUGAAGUCUUCGCGUGAACCUGAGAAGUUUGACCGGCUGGUCCUCUUCAUGGUCAUGGGAGUCGGGUCAGCUGUGGCCCUGGCCAAAGCAAUCAGCAUGAAGCCCAAGAAGGAGAAGAAAUGA